AUGCUGUUCGUCGACAAGUACAGGCCAAAGGCUCUGUCGGAGCUCCACUACCACCACGAUCUGUCGAAGCGCCUUUCGUCCUUGGCCGGCCAUGAAGACUUCCCGCACGUCCUCAUGUACGGACCAUCAGGAGCUGGCAAGAAGACACGCAUCGCAUGUCUCUUACGAGAGCUUUACGGCUCUGGCACUUACAAGCUCAAGAUCGACCAGCGUGUCUUUGUCACACCCUCGAACCGCAAGAUCGACGUCAAUAUUGUCUCGUCCAACUACCACAUCGAACUCACUCCAUCGGAUGCAGGCAUCUACGACCGACUCGUGAUCCAGGACAUCCUCAAGGAAAUCGCACAGACCCAGAACGUCGAUCUCAACGCAAAACACAGGUUCAAGGUGGUGGUAAUCAACGAGGCCGACUCGCUCAGCAGAGAUGCUCAGAGCGCACUGCGAAGGACCAUGGAGAAGUACAUGGCCAACUUGCGGCUGAUGCGAACCGUGUUGACACACGUCGCAAAGAAGGAGCGCUUCACCAUUCCGGACGCGGUGCAGACGCAGAUCUGCGACGACUGCAACGGCAAUCUGCGCAAAGCCAUGCUGGUGCUCGAGGCGCUCCGCAUGCAGUCGCCCGGCCUCUCCGCCGGCAUCGGUAUCGCCAAACCGGACUGGGAGAUUUACAUCACCAAGACCGCAGACCUCAUCCUCUCGGACCCAUCGCCACAAAACCUGCUCGCUGUCCGCUCCAAACUCUACGAGUUACUGGUGCACGCCAUUCCGCCUACACUCAUUCUCAAGCAUCUCACAGACAACCUCGUCCAAAAGGUAGAUAGCCAGGUCCGGCCUGCCAUUGUUCAGAAGGCGGCGUUCUACGAGCUCCGAACGCGCACCGGAUCCAAAGUCAUCUUUCACCUCGAGGCGUUCGUGGCCGCCGUCAUGCACAUCCAAAAGAGCUUCCUGCUCGGCAUGAGCUGGGACGACUAG